AUGCAGAACAUCAUCGUCCUCCUAGUGGCCGCGCUGUCCGCCAGCAACGUGGCCGCCUCGCCCAUCAACAGUACGCCUACGCCAGCGAUUACCUCCGCUGCGGAGGGCACGUACCCUGCCGCCGCCACCACUACGCCAGCCCCGACCACUGAAGGCUGCACGACCAGGCUCUUCCAUGGCGCCAAGUUCGGAGCGCUCAACAAAGCGACGUGCACGUUCUACGAGUCCUACACCACCGUCACCGAGUAUGUCGAUUGCGGCGGCUGCACCCUGGAGAUGGUAGCAAUGGGUCCUGGACCGGCCGUGCAUUGCAGUGCCAACACCCAGCUGCCGCUCGGAACGGAGACGAUGACGGCUUGCAGCACCACCCCGAACGCCGUCGCUGCUGCUUCGACACCGGCACCGACGACGCAGUAA